AGAAAGGGAGAAAGAAAACGAAGAGCUGAGCGAUUGUAAACAAAAAGAACAUAUUCAUCGCGUCAGCCUCGGGGAAGCCAGCUAUAUGUUGUGCUCUCCACGAGGCGAUAUCUCUUCCUCGACAAUGCCAUGUUGCUAUGUUAUUACGGGAAAGAUAUCGGGGAACGUGGUGGUUCGCUACAAUAAACGCUAUCGCGCGGUGAGAAAGGAUCGCUGUAGAUUGUUCGUAUGAGAGUGCGUGCUAUCGCAGGUUCCAUGGCAAAACCGGAGCGAUUACGCUUCACGAUUCUGGAAGACUUGAUACUCUUGCGAGAGGUCCUGCGACAGAAUCCGUACGAGGAGAGCGACAGGUGGAAGGCCGUUGCCGAGUAUGUCGUAAACGCGACGCAGAAGAACUUCAGUCUGCGGUGCAUCAAGGAGCACGUCGAUCAUCUGUUAAAAAUUUGGGCGAGAGAAGGUCACGCACACUUGAGGAAAUCAGGAACCGAGGAACAGUAUAAUGAAAAGGAACGACUUUUGCAGCAAGUACAAGACUUGCAAAGGGAAUUCAGAUGUUCCAAUAAAAGCACCAAUGCACAAAAAUCAAGAAUGCAAACAAGAGAGAUAAUAGAGAACAUUUCUGAUACUUUAGAGGUAAUAAUAGAGGAACCAAUAAUGGCAACAUCCUUACCUACAUCUAUAUCUUCGACAUUGUUGCCAAUUGCAUUAUCAUCGCCAACUUCAUCGUCUUCGUCAUCGUCAUCGAUUCUGCAAACCUCAGCGAGCCUUUUGCGGUCACCAGCCACAUCUCCAUUAAGAACAGGUGGUCCAAUAAGGAAUAAAAUACGUCAUGACACGAUAAAGAAGUCAACAUUACAAUUUCUACAAGAAAGACAUAAAAAAGAAGUGGAAUUUCAAGAAAAACAAUUUCGCUUGGAGGAGAGGAGAAUUCAACUUGAGGAAGAAAAAUUUAGAAUGGAAAAAAAGGAACGUGAGGCGAGAUUGGAAUUAGAAAUUGAAGAGAGAAGACAACGGAUUUCUGUGUCCAAACAGAAACAAGAGAUUCUAGAAAUAUUAUUACAAUUAAUACAUAAACCAUGAUUAUUUUCAUAAAUAAUAAUUUUUCGUUGUUUUAUUAAUUAAUGUAAGCAUUUCUCAGAAGAGAAAAAUAGAGGUAAUACUAGAAUCCGAAUCUAGUUCCCUUCAAUCUUUUCUGGUAACUACUCUGUCAUCACUCACUGAGCCAUUCAUUGUUCUAUAUAAUUAUUUUCUCUCUGCUUGCUUACAUUAAUAA